AUGCCGAGUCGAGGGGAAGGAUUAUCUUCUCGCGCGAGUACGCGUGCGUUAGCGCUACCACACGCGCAUCAGCGCAAAGAAAAGCAUGAUAUUCUGGGUGGCAUGCGCACAUCACGCACACACCAUGUAGGCUUUAGGGCUAAUAACGGUGCACCUAUUCUUAAGAUAAAAACUAUAGAUAUAGAUUUUGACAAUACAAAGACUCACUUAGAUACACACGGCUCUGUGCCUGUGGUUAAUAUUCCAUCAUAUGGCAGUAAAGAUCCGAUAAUGCAUAUAGGAGUCCCUCUCAAAGUUGACGAUCCAGAACAUGAGAAACAUAAUAAGAAAGAGCCAAGUGCACCUGUGGCUGAGUUUGAGCCAUAUCCGCUGCAGCACAGACGACUAUGUCCACUGCCGAGGAACGACGGCCAAUAUUACACGUAC